CGUAAAUACGUUGUAGUUUUAGUUAACAGUUAGACGUUAAAUGUCAACGAGUCUCUGUCUUGUAGUAAGAGUAAAGAUGAGGUUGACAUCGUUUGUAUUAACUAUUACGGUUCUUAUAACACUCACGUUUGCUCUUUUUGACGGUGAAGAUUCGCACGACUACAGGAGCAACAUUACGUGGAUUAAGCUUUGCACAAUAACCAGCAAUGGUACCAAUAAUGCACACGUAAAGAUGCCUUGUGGUGUACUCGUGGAAGGUGACAAACUCCUUAAUCUAAAUAAUUAUUCUAAAGUUGUUCAUUCGAAUACUCGUAAUGACACCAUCGAUAUUUUAUCGGAGAUGAACAUUGGUCGGACGACACAUUUACCGAAUUUGAACACUAUCAGAAAAACAAUUAUUAACUCAACGCCAUCGUCAGCUACUGCAGAGACAAUUGAAGAGGAUUCUAAAAUCGACGAUGAACGAAAUAAUAGUGAUGACUUAGUCAGCGUGGAAACUGUCGAGGAAGACGAACAACCACAUGACGAUAAAACUGUUUUACCAGGUGAAGAUAAUUUAUUAGAAUUAGAUGGUGAGCCUUUGGUCUUAACUGAGCAUCAUCAACGUGGUAACACGGCAACAGCAAUAUUCGAAUACUUACAAAAAGCUCGCACACUUUUUUUUAAUCGAAUGCAUCAAGCAUUAAAACAAUUAGAAUUUCUUUUUCAUCAUAGAAAUAUUCGUAAUGUUAUUUAUAGAAAACCUGCAGACGUUCAAAGAAUACAAAAACGAGCGACGAAAGACUCUAUUUCCUCGAUGAUAACAAAAUCAUCUUUUGAAAGAUCUCUAAUGACCAUGUCUUUUCUAAUGUUUGGUGUAUUUGUUAUUCAAGUAAUACAGAGAUUGAUGCAGACAUUCAACAGAUCUGGAACAAUGAUGAGUAGUGGAAGUACUAGUAAACAUUUUUCUCCUUAAUAAUCGUGAUUACAUGUAAUUAUAAAUAAUAAAACAAUUAACAUUCAAUAAAAU